AAAUUCAUCCUUCUCUCAGGGUAGAACCUAUUGAUGAUGAUGGCAUGCGGUUAGAGGAAUCCCAACACGAAAGGCUGCUGGACGUGUGUUCCGAGCGAGGAAAAAAGAACCGAAACGAGUGCAGAAAGUGGGACAGAAUAUAUUGGGAGGCAGGCAAAAAAAAGGAAAAGGAAAAAAGAAAACCUAAUUAAUAUACGCAAUCAUUUUAACUAAUAUUAAAACGUCAGUGUCGGUUGGUCGGACGGGUCGAGUCAAAACGCUAGCAGAAUUCUCAUAUAUGUACAUACGUUGAUAGCUACAUAUGAAAAAGGAGGUGGUGUGAUGAAAAAGUGCAUUGGCGCUGUAAAAUCAGCAAUAAAGUGAAAAGUGGCAUCAUAAUGAACAAAUGAACUAAGUACUGUCACUUUUUGUUUAUAUUAUAGCCAAAGAAAAAGUGAUAUUUUUACAACUGUGGCCUGUUUUUGUGUUAAGUAGUACUAACAAGCACACCUUGAAACUUAAAAAAAAGGGGUGACGAAGCAUCAAACAUACCGAAAUAAAAGAAAUCUAUACAACAAUAUAUGCCCAUUGAGUGCCUUAUAUCAUUCGAUCAUAAUUCACAAGGUGUCUAUUAUGCCGGACAGGAGCUAUCGGGCGUUGUUGAUCUCAGUGUCGACGUUACCAAGCGCAUUAAAGGAAUCCAUGUUACUGUCAGUGGUUUUGCCAAGAUACGCUGGAUAAAAAAGGGAUAUCCGCGCGAAAGUGAGCGCGCCAUGUGCCGAGCGUACAGAUCCUAUUUGUCAUCGCGGUCUUACGUACUCGGAUCAUGUGCAAGCAACUCAAACAUCGACUGGCCGGCCGGCGAGUACUCGUAUACCUUUCAUGUCAUCCUGCCCGACAAUCUUCCUACGUCCUUUGACGGUAAAUACGGCCAGAUUCACUACGAGAUAAUAACGACUAUUGAGCGAUCUGGCCGGUACCCAAAGGUUUUUAAACAGCCUUUUACCGUUAUACAACCAUUGGACCUUAACGCCGAUGCCAUUUACAGAGUACCAUUAGAGAUUCUUAACCGAAAACGGUUUUGGAGCUUCUGUUGCCCAACUGGACCGUUAACGGUGAAGUUUUCGACGCCAUAUUGUGGGUACGCUCCCGGCCAGAAGAUACACUUUGUGCUUUACGUUAACAACGAGUCUUCAAUCGAUAUUACGGAGUGUGAGGUGAAACUAAAGCAGGAGGUCAGCUAUGAGUCGCACGACCCGCAUCACGAAUACCGCUACGAUAAACAUCUCAUCGCCAGGAAGCAAUUCGGAAACGUUCUGCGAUGGUCGAGAAAGGUGUACAGGGGCUACCUGGACCUGCCGUCACUUCCGCCGACGUCAGUGAAACCUACUUGCCCCAUUAAUGUUAACUAUUCCAUUAAAAUAAUUGUAAACCCCACGGAGUUUCACUGGAAACUUAAGCUGAAGAUUCCGUUGACCAUAGGCAGCAUUCCAAUAAUGGAUGGCCCUGAGGCCUUGAUACGAUUCAAUCGCCAGCUGCAACAGCACCAAGUAGUUAGUCAAAAUUUACAAAUGUCGACGCAGCAUAGACAGCGCCAGAGGGAUUGCGAACAGAAUAGGAAUACAGAUAGAGAUUUAGACAGGCAUCGGAACCGGACAAGUGCCUCAGGUCAGCAGCAACGACUUAGUAGCAUUACCAGCACCAACAGUAACAACAAUCAUGGACGCCCUAUGGGUGGCCCACUGCCGACCAAUAGCAAUAUAAAUAUGAUAACGAUUGCCAGUCCUACACCCACAAGCUCCACACUCUCUUCAACGGCCACAACUGCCGCGCUAAGGCCAGCGAUAUUGGUAAACAAUGAUGGCGAUAGCCCCCCGGACUAUAUACCCAUGGUGCCCCCCUCAUAUGAAGAUGCAAUGGCUCUGAGUGAAAAAUUAAGCGACGAUAUUGACUUCUUGAUGAACGUUAGCAUGAGCAGCGUUAUGACAGCUCAGGCUGAUGUUACCACAAGUGAGCCCUUUAAGCCGCAUUAUCCGGUCUAUUACGAUUAUGAGACACCGACCAUACCGCCCGAGACGCUCUUCGAUGAGUCAAGCUCCCAGUUGCGCCUCACUCUCACUUGUCAGGAUUCGUCCACGGCGACACCGGUAAUACAAGAUGAAGAAGCCGACACCAGCACACCAAAGGAAGAGUCCUUUACUUUAAAAAAAAAAUGAAACUGCUCAGACGAACUCAAAGACGCUACUGGAGCAGAAUCAUUAAAAGUUAACCAACCCAAAAACGUUAACAUAUUUACUCUUAAUCAAAAUUUAAUAAAAUUGCUAAAUAAAAUUAGAAGUAUGAGCGGGACAAAUUGGCAAUAAAAAAUAUAAUCGGAAACGAAAAUAAAAAUAAAUUAAAUUUUUGAUACGAUAAGCCACAUUUUUUUUUGUUUUUCCUAAAGAUAAAAUUUUAUUAUACAUUUUUUCCUGUCAUCUCUCUUUUAUGAGUGACUUUUAUUAUAAAUGAAAUAUCUUUCUCUAAUAUAGCAUAGCUUUAAAAUGGAAUUAUAUCUAACUUACUGAAAAUGUUACAAAAAAUCCAUACUAAAAAAGCUACUAAAAAGCGUUGCUUGGUGAUUGACAGAAGCUUGAAAUCAAAUAGUGUUAAGCGAUUACAUACGUCAAGACUUUAAUUCAAAAUUUUACAAAAUCAAUUAGUUUUAUUAAGAUUUAAUUCAUUAUUUUCCAUUCCUCUCUUACUAUGGUUUAUUUUUGACGUAAGCAUGUGUUAUAAAAAUCUGCCAAAUUUGAUAUCAUUUAAAUUUAAACUGUCAUCACGAUAAACAAAAUAUAUAUACGCAUUACGUAUGAUGAAAGUUUCUAAUCAUUUUCAUUUGUACUAGAGACUAUACUACUUUAAAAGUCCUUUUUACUUAAAUGAUAGUCUAAUCAGCCAUGUGUCUACCCUAAGUAUUUCCUGUCUUUAAUUCGACUUAAUAAAAAUACACUAGCAAAUGUACUUAUAAAGAAGAAAUUAAAUUGCCAGU